UAUCUGUAUAGAAAAGAAGGGUAGGAGAAGGGAAAAAUGCAUCGAUCUUUCUAUACUACUAACAGCUUCAAAUUGCUGUUGUCUUCACUGGAAAGUACUGUAUUAUUCUGGGUAACUCAAAUUAUGGAGCUGUCCCAGUGCUGAAAUAUAUAGUUUGCCAAUAAAGAAGAAUAUUUGUAGUUUAGGAUUUUUUAGUCUAGAUUAGCAAGGAUGAUGUUACCAAGGACCCUUCAUAUAUAGCUUGUGCUAGAGAUCUCUGCUCUUUAAGUAGUUUUCUAAAGUUUUGACAUGCCUUUAUUCUCCUUUGUCUAAUGUUUCUAAUCACUGCUAUUAAUGUCACAUUUGCUCAGCAUUUCAAGCAGCUGGUGCACGAGUUACAAGCAAAAGGAGUUGGGAAGGUGAACAAAGCCCUGACUGAAUCCUUCAAAAUCCUGAGGGAGUUCAGAGAUGCAGGACAAGGAGGCCUUUGCAACCAAGCAAUCAUGCUGCUCACUGAUGGAGCUAUGGAAGAUUAUGAAUACGUCUUUGAAAAAUUCAACUGGCCUGAUCGUAAGGUCCGUGUUUUUACAUACCUUAUUGGGAGGGAAGUCAGUUUCGCACAGAAUGUGAAAUGGAUAGCUUGUAACAACAAAGGCUACUACACACAAAUAUCUACUUUGGCUGAUGUGCAAGAGAAUGUCAUGGAAUAUUUGCAUGUACUUAGUCGGCCAAUGGUUAUCAACCAUGAUCAUGACAUCAUAUGGACUGAGGCCUAUAUGGAUAGUGCUCUUUUUGCCUCUCAAGCUCAAAGUCUUUUGCUUAUGACAACAGUGGCUAUGCCUGUCUUCAGCAAAAAAAAUGAAACGAGAUCCCAUGGAAUCCUUCUGGGUGUGGUAGGGUCUGAUGUUCCACUGAGAGAGCUCCUAAAGUUAGCUCCACGAUACAAACUGGGUAUCCACGGAUAUGCCUUUCUAAUUACUAACAAUGGCUACAUUCUGUCUCAUCCCGACCUCCGGCCACUGUACAAAGAAGGGAAAAAACUGAAGCCCAAACCUAAUUACAACAGUGUUGAUCUUUCUGAAGUAGAAUGGGAAGAUGUCAAUGAAACUUUACGAACAGCAAUGAUCAAUGGAGAAACUGGUUAUUUGUCCAUGGAUGUGAAAGUGCCCAUGGAUAAAGGAAAAAGGAUUCUGUUCCUCACUAAUGACUAUUUCUUCACUCAUAUUAGCCGCACUCCAUUUAGCUUGGGAAUCGUUCUGUCACGAGGAUAUGGUGAAUACAUGCUGCUUGGGGACACUUCAGUGGAAGAAGGUUUGCAUGACCUGCUGCAGCCAGAUUUGACCUUAGCCAAUGAGUGGAUUUAUUGUGUUACAGAUAUUGAUCCAGCUCACAGGAAACUAAGUCAGUUGGAGGCUGUAAUCCGUUUUAUUACAGCAGAAGAAGCUGACCUUGAAUGUGAUGAAGAGUUGGUUCAACAGGUUCUCUUCGAUGCCGUAGUUACAGCACCUAUGGAAGCCUAUUGGACGACUUUGGCCCUCACCAUGUCCAAUGAAACUGAAGAUGGCGUGCAGAUGGCCUUCAUGGGAACUCGAGCUGGUCUCAUGAGGAAUACCCUUUAUGUAGGAACUGAAAAACUGUCUAACAAGAACUUUUUAACCAGUUAUGAUAAGGAAAGCAUUUUCACCAUGGACCACUUCCCGCUUUGGUAUCGCCGAGCAGCUGAACAUCCUCCGGGGAGCUUCAUUUAUAGCCUUUCUUUUGAAGAGGAUUCAGAGGGAAGUUUGCCUGAGGCAGUGACAGUAAGCACAUCUGUGACUGUGACUAUUGGUGGGAAGACAGGAAUUGCUGCAGCAGUGGGGGUUCAGCUCAAAUUGGAAUGGCUCCAGCAGAAAUUAUGGGAGGCUACACAACAGCCCAAUGAUACAGAUUGUAGUAAUGUGGACGGCUUGUGUCCAAUGAACUGUCAUGAUGAUAAUCUGAAUUGCUACCUUAUUGAUAACAAUGGAUUCAUACUUAUUUCCAAAAUCUCCCAGCAGAUUGGAAAAUUCUUGGGAGAAGUAGAUGGUUCUGUUACAACUCAGCUCGUAAAUAUGGGGAUGCUCAAAGAAGUGAAGAUGUUUGAUUACCAAGCCAUGUGUAAAGUGCCCCAUCACCAUCAUAGUGGUACCCGUCCUCUUCUCAGUCCAGUUUACACAUUAUUGGCAGCAGCAAAGUGGCUGGUCACCGAUUUCCUCAUAUUCCUUUUGGAAUUUAACAUUUUUAGUUUCUGGCACAUGGAUAACUUGGCUGAUGCCAAAUCCGUUUUUCAUCAUGCUCACAGACAUAAGAAACACGAUGCGCUGCAACCCUGUGACACUGAAUAUCCAGUCUUUGUGUACGAGCCUGCUAUCACAGAGGCCAAUGGACUAAUUGACUGUGGAGCCUGUCAGAAGAUGUUUUUGGUGCAGCAAAUUAUGAAGAGCAACCUUCUGCUCCUGGUAACUGACACCACCUGUGAUUGCAGCAUCUUCCCAUCUUUUGCACGGCAAGCUAAAGAAGUCAAAUAUAACAGUUCAGUGAAAUGCGACAGGAUGCGCUCUCAGAAACUAAGACGCCGACCAGACACCUGCCACGCAUUCCAUCCAGAGGAAAAUGCCCAAGAUUGUGGAGGAGCUGCAGCAAUUUCACCCUCAUCAACCUUGCUCCUGUUUCUGCUGUCAACAACAGCUCUUCUUCUGCGGUGA